GCGGCGGCGGCGCUGCGGCCAGUGCUGGACCUGGCCACCUGGGCCAUGAAGGCGGCCUGGCCCCGCGUCAAGACCGAGGCCCCGCAGGUGGGCAAGGUCAUCAUCCAGCUGGGGACUGCCGACAGCAAGGAGGCGGCGGAGAACAACAUCAAGCAUUGCAAGGAGCCCUUCGAGCCUCCCUUCCAGCUGCUGGUGGCGAGGUUCCAGUCGGAGGAAGCGGCCGGCCUGGUGCUGCAGAUGCGGGUGACGCACAUGUUCAGCGAUGGCUUCUGCAUCGUCCCGCUUCUGUCGGACCUGGGCUCCAUCAUCGCCCAGGAGGCGCUGCCUCCCUUGCCCAGCGCCUUCGCAGCGCUGCUGCCGCGGAUCCACCGCACCGUGGAGGGGGACCACCGCUUGGCCGACGCCGUGACUCCUGCCCACCUGGACAAGUCCUCCUACACCGCCAAUGUGCGGGCGGAGAUGCUGGCCAUGACCCCUCCCCAGGUCGGGUUUCUGAAGCACACUGCCCGGAAGCUGGCUGUGGCGGAUGACAUCCUCAUGCUUACAGCGGUGGCUGUCUCCAUGGCAAAGCUACAUGGCCAGGCGUCUCAGACCAUCCAGGUCAUCGUGCCGCAGCGAGACGAGCCCAUGGAGAGCGACAUGGUGGGUCUCUUCACAGACUACCGACGCUUGGACGUACCUGCCCAAGGCCUCAGCUACGUGGGCGCUGCUCUGGCGGUGCACCACUUGGUGAAGGAGCGGCUGUGGCGGGCCCCGCCCGCGGUGAAGCAGGGCACCUGCCCCUUCGUGAACUUCAUGUGGACCGACUUUGAGGAGCGGCAUGGAUUCGUGCCUCUGGUGGUGCCCAAGGGCAAGGAUGUGAGCACCAUGUCACCCAUGCAGGUGGUGGUUGUGCAGCCGGACAGGGAGUCCUGGCGCAUCCUCUGCACCUUCAACGCGGAUCUGUACAGCGCGGCGGAUGCCGAGAGGUAUUAUGGCUUCUUGGAGGAAGCCCUUCGGUGUUUGCUGGAAGAGCCUCUUGCUCUCGUCAUGUGAGCGGAACAUUGAAAUCGAGGUCCAUGUGGCUGCGGGCUGAAUUGGACUUCCUGGGAGCUCAAUGCAAGGUCACCCCCUUGGCUGCGGCCGGGUGGCGUCAACCAUCAUCUUCCAAAGACCCCGUGGGGUCUUCGGAGGCUGAGGGUUUGCACUGGACCACAGAUGACA